ACUACACUAUACAUUCCAAGCUCAUUUCCAAGAAGCUCUAGAGUAGCCACCAUGGCGCGGCGUUCUCUCGCUCUGCUCGCUGUCGUCCUCGCGUACUUGCAAGUCGUUUCGGCGACGUCCUGGCUCAGACAAUUCACCACGGAUGGCACCGUCCGCAAGGGAUACGACGCUUCAGGCCAGCAGGUGGUGAUGCUCAAACUUGACCGGAACUCCGGCGCCGCCGGCCUAAACUCCAAGCAGCAGUACCUAUACGGUGAGUUCAGCUUCGAGAUGAAGCUGAUCCGGGGAAACUCCGCCGGCACUGUCUCCUGCUUCUACCUUUCGUCCGGCACCGACGACUGGCGCGACGAGAUCGACAUGGAGUUCAUGGGCAACUCCAGCGGCCAGCCCGUGGUGCUCAACACCAAUGUGUGGGCCAACGGCGACGGCAAGAAGGAGCACCAGUUCAACCUGUGGUUCGACCCUUCAGCCGACUACCACACCUACACCAUCAUCUGGAACCCCACCAACAUCCUCUUCAAGGUCGACAACGUGUUCAUCCGGUCCUUCAAGCGCUACGCCGACCUGCCCUACCCGAGCUCCAAGCCCAUGACGCUGCACGCCACGCUGUGGGAUGGCAGCUACUGGGCCACUGAGAAGGGCAAGAUCCCCAUCGACUGGAACAGCGCGCCCUUCGUCGUCUCCUACCGCAGCUUCUACGCCAACGCUUGCGUCGCCGGCGGCGCGUGCAAUGCCGGCAGGGGUGGGUGGAUGAGGAAGAGGCUCAAUGGCGCCGAGUUGGGAACGGUGAGGUGGGCGGAGCGCAACUACAUGCGCUACAACUACUGCCAGGAUGGGUGGAGGUUCCCACAGGGGCUCCCCGCCGAGUGCAGCCGCAAGUGAUCAAUCCGCGCCGUCUGAUCCAUUGCUUUUGGUUUCUUUUUAUUGGAUUUGUGAUUCUUUGUUCCUCUUUGUGAAUUUGUGAUUAAAAAGCAGCCCUGCAACAACUCGUGUGGGCGGUUGUACACGUAGUUUUCUUCCAGAAGAACGAAGCAUGCUAUUUUUUACCGUGCA